GACAACGACAGCGACAGCGGCCCCAGAGGUGGCAGACAUCAGCAGAACCAGAGCGCGGCAGCGGCCGAGGCAGCGGUGGCAACGAUAACAAGAACGACGCGAAAGGUAGUUAACGACUUGACAGGGGAGCCGCCGCCGCAACAACAACAGGAGCAAGAACAAGCAUAAGAAUAACAAAAACAACGUUGCGUGGCAGCCAAAAAGAGAGGGAAGAGAGCGACAGAGAGGGGAGACGGCUGCAAUGGUCAGAAGCUGAGAAACAAGAAACCGAGAACCGUGAGAGAGGAACAGGUUCUCUGCAUCAGCAUCAGUCGCAGCAGCAGCAGCGGCAACGGCAACGGCAACGGCAAUAGGAUCUGCAUAAAGGGAAACCAGAGAUAAGAUCGAUUUGCAGUGGGACAGACAGACGGACGCACGAGAUACGAGAUGCCACUGCUCCUCCUCCUACUACUGUUGAUGAUGAUGCUCCUCCUGCUCAACCCGCUGCCAAAUGCCAGGGCCAUGCUGUUCGCCAGCAACAUUUCCACCUCCAGCAGCAGCUCUAGUUCCAGUUCCCCGCCAGAGAUGCCGCCGCCGCCCACAUUCCGGCAGUGUGAAACCAUACGGAUUGAGAUGUGCCGUGGGAUCGGCUACAAUGAGACCUCCAUGCCCAAUCUGGUGGGCCACGAGCUGCAGACGGAUGUGGAGUACACGCUGCAGACGUUCGCGCCGCUGAUCGAGUACGAUUGCAGCUCCCAGCUGAAGCUGUUCCUGUGCGCCGCCUACGUGCCCAUGUGCACGCCGAAGGCGCCGGUGCACGCGAUCGGCCCCUGCCAGAGCCUGUGCGAGUCGGUGAGGAUUCGCUGCCAUCCCGUGCUGCAGGGCUUCGGCUUCCCCUGGCCGAAGGCCCUCGACUGCGAUCGUUUUCCCAGGGAGAACAACCACGAGACCAUGUGCAUGGAGGGGCCCGGCGAGAUGCAUUUGCCCAUGCAGGAGCAUGAGCUCUACGGACCAGUUGCUGGCGGAGGCGGCAUCGGCGCGGGCGGAGUGGGAAUGGGAGGCGGCAAACUGCCACUGGACUGUUCGGGACUGGGCAAAUCCCAUCUGUAUGUGAAGCUGCCGCGUUCCGGUCGCUGUGCACCGCUCUGCGAGGCAGAUAUUCUUUUCACGCCCAGCGAGAAGCAUCUGUCUGAGAUCUGGGUCUCCACCUGGGCAUAUGCUGCCCUCGGCCUGGCCUUUGUGGCCACUCUGUGCCUCCUCGUCGGCGACGACAGCAAGCUGGCCAGCGCCAAGUGGUCGCGCCUGCUCACACCUUCGAUCUGGUGCCACAACAUGGUCACCAUCGGCUGGACCGUACGCUUUAUCGUUGGUCGCACGGGCACCGCCUGCGGCACUGAUCCCCAGGCGCCCAACGAGUCCCUCCUCAGCGUCGAUGGCCUGUCCAAUGCGGCCUGUGCGAGUGUCUUCCUGCUGCGCUACUACUUCGGCAUGGCUGCCUGUGCCUGGUGGGCCAUCCUGUGUCUGGGCUGGCAUCGGGAUAUACGCCGCCACAGUCCCGAUUCAAAGGGGCACGUGGCCAUUCCGUCCACCUACGGCGGCAGUCCCGUCAGCCAGGCCGCCUCUUACAGGAUGGCUGCCAAGGCGAGUGCCCAUCAGAAUCUGGCGCAGAAUAAUUUUGUGUGCUUUGUGGCCUGGGGCCUGCCGGCCUUCCAAACGGCCGCCGUCAUUGUGUUCCGCUAUGUGGAUGCCGACGAAUUGCUGGGCGCCUGCUUUGUGGGCAACCAGUCGGACAGGGCCCUGCAGGUGCUGGUGGCCACGCCAGUGUUCAUCUACUGGAUCUUUGGCUCAAUGAAUCUGAUAUCCGGCUACCUGGUGCACUGCCGCAACAAGGAGAUUCUGCGCAACACCAACUCCCUGAGUCUCCAGCAGCAGCUGCAGCAGUUGAGUGCGCACAGCAGCUCCGGCAUUGGGAUCUUUCUGUUCAUCUACGGGCUGGCCAGCGCCCUGCUGCUGCUGGCGGUGAUCUAUGAGUUUGCCAACAUCGACAUCUGGCUGAGUUCGGGGGAGACGAGCACACCGCUGUGGCCCUUUCUGGUGCGCGCCUUCAUGGAGCUGAUGCUGGGCAUUUGCUGCUUUGCCUGGGUCCUCGGUCCCAGCAUAUCCACCAUGUACAAGCGCCAGAUAUCGAUGCGUCCACAGAAGCAGUCAGCCGCUGCGGCGAUGCACCAUUUGGAUGGUCAGAGCAGCUCCCGGGGAUCGCAUGCCGCCUGCAGCAGCACCGUUGUCUCCUAUCAUUCGGUGCGACCCUCGCAUCAGUCUAUGGCCAGUGCCCCGCUGCCCAGUCCCUACAAGCACAAGUCCCCGCCGCCAGGAGCCGGCUCCAUUUCGCUCAAUCAAAUAUCAAACUACACCUUAGGCCGCAGCACUGGCUCCCAUCAUCAUCUUCACCAUCAUCAUCAGCCGCAGCAGCACCAUCAUCGUCACAGUCCCCAGCAACUGCAGCCACACCACCAUCAUCAACAUCAUCAUCAUCAUCAACAACAGCAGCAGCAGCAGCAGCAGCAAAAGCAUAAGCAGCAGCAGCACUCUUCCUCCUCCCAUCGUUUGUAUUAUCCAGCGGGUAGCCAGAAGUACAGCCACCACAGCAACUACUAUCCCCAAAUGCAUCGCUAUGGGGAUGAGACGCUGCUCUAAGGAUGGAUGGAUGGAUUCCUCAGCUAGUAGAAAGGGUUAACUAAAUUAUGUUUUGGAAAAUUGUUAUAUCAAUGGAUGCCACGCCCACUCGGCUGUGUGGGAUCAUUCCAUUGAGUGCUAGUCAAAAUCAAUGCGUUUCGCCUUAUCGCAAUCCCCACCCCCCCUACCAUUUGUUGUAUGUACUGUGUAUAUAUCCCUACCCUUUAUUAGGAUCCUCUUUUCGUAUUCCCACUCGUAUUCCCUUCCCUUGGUGUUGUACUUAAUUCGUAACCAUUCUUGCCUUUCUUUUGUAUUCUCUUUUUUUUUUUGUUGAUGGAGUAACAACGCAGCUACCAAAUACUGUGAUACGCAUGUUCAUGUCCUCAAAAGCAGAGGCCCCGAGACUUUGCUGUGUCCUCCUACCUCCCGCACUCCCUCCCUUCCUCUUUCUCCUCCCUCGCUCGACCCACAAAUCGAACCGAAAGUGUACUUAAUGGGAACGCAAUCGUAUUAAUGUGUAAUGCUAGCAUUAAUUCCUAAACUGUAUUCAGUGUGCCAUUAGCUUUAAGGGGAAUACAAAAUACAAUAUUACACACACACACAUAUAUGUAUACAUAUAUAUAUACCUAUAUAUAUCCUCGAUAUAUUCGCAUACUAAUCGAUGAUUUGUUUUUGUAGUAAUUGUAUUUCUUUUAUUUUAACUUAUUUGCUAGCGAAUAAAUUGUGUCGAAAAGUUGAAUAUCAU